AUGCCCUCCCUGUUUGGGCGUACUAGCAAGAAUUUGGUCAAAGAGCUUGGCGACAAAGACUUCAGGCCUGUCCAAAACCCGCUGAGUGCCAACAAAUUCUGUCAGCUGAAGCUACUGCGGAAGAAGAGGAGGACCCUCUCUCAGUUCUGGGAACGACCAGAUGUUCCAGUUGACCGCACCCUCACAGACAUCCUGGAGCCAAGCCCUUCAGUCCCAGUGCCUGUAGUAACAGAAAAAUUCGUCUUCAUUGACAAAAUGGUCUGGAAGGGGGCAGCUGAGGUGGAUGUGACUGCUGGGCUAGAAGUGAGUGUGUCGGGGAAGGCUAACCAGUCCUAUGAAUGCUCCCUGGAGGUUCAGUCUGUCACCAUCUCACCAUGCGACUGGGAAGACCUCCAGAAGAGGAAAGCGUUGGAUCAAGAGCCGUCAUUUCUGAAGGAGUGCAGGACCAGAGGGGACAACCUGUAUGUGGUGACAGAGGCUGUGAAACUGAGCAACAGUACCGUCCUGCAGGACAGCAGCAGUGUGAAUGCCGCGGGCAAAUUCUCUGUCCCUUGGAGUUUUUAUGCCAAGAGCACAGGAGAUGGGUCGGGUCUCAAAGUGAGAGAAAGGACGCUGACUCUGCCCCAGGGCACCGUGAUGGCCUAUAAGAGGAAGCAGCUGGUGUUCCGGGAGAAUGGCCGAGCCAUUCUUCUCAUCUCAGAUGAUGACAAGCGGAAAACCUUCCCAGAAGAUGAUAAGAAACUGCAGGAGCUGCGGAUGUCACUAGAAAUUCUUUCCAUCUCAGAGGAUGACAAGCAGAAAGCCUUUUCCGAAGAUGACGAGUUCCUCAAGAAAUGGCAGAUGCAAUCAGCGAUGGGCACCAUAAGACGUCUCAUCCUCCCAAUUGGAAGAAUACAGGAACCCAUUUGCCAAGAUUUCAAGUCCCUACAAAAUGAGGUUUCCAGGGAAAUGGAGGCAGUGGCCGAGCUCCCCAGGGACAUUCGAGAUGCUCUUUUCCAUACCAUCCUGGCCAAGCUCAAGGACCAAGGGGCUCUGCAGGACCUCACAGACAUGCUGGAUGGGAACCUUUGGAUUCAUACGGGCAGCUUGCUAAGUGAGCUGCAGGAAGACUCAAGAAAUGUGUGGCUUGAGUCAAAACAUAUCAUUUACCUCCUUGAAGCCUUACUGGUGCUGAGUGACAUCCAACAUGAGCUGCUGGCCUGGUCCAUGGAGAAGAAGAUCCUGCUCCAGCAGCAGGAGCUGGUGAAGAGCAUCCUGGAGCCCAACUUCCGGUACCCCUGGAACAUUCCCUUCACCCUGGAUCCCAAGCUCCUUGCCUUGCUGCAGGAAGAGGGGUUGGCCGUCACCUUUGGCCUGCUGCAGGAGUGUGGCCUGAGGGUGGCACCCGACAACCCCAAGGGGACUUGGGACCUGGAGGCCAAGAAGCCCCUGUCUGCCCUGUACGUGUCCCUCUUGGUGCUGCAGCAGCUGGCUGAGGCCUGA